UGCAUCACUGGGUUCAAUUAUCCCUAUCCCUAUCCCUAUCCCUAUCCCUAUCCCUACCCCUACCCCUACCCCUACCCCUACCCCUACCCCUACCCCUACCCCUAUCCCUAUUCCUAUCCCUACCCCUAUCCCUAUCCCUAUCGCUAUCCCUAUCGCUAUCCCUGUCCCUGUCCCUAUCCCUAUCCCUAUCCCUACCCCUACCCUACCCCUACCCCUACCCCUACCCCUAUCCCUAUCCCUAUCCCUAUCCCUACCCCUACCCCUAUUCCCUCUCCCUCUCCCUCUCCCUCUCCCUCUCCCUCUCCCUCUCCCUCUCCCUCUCCCUCUCCCUCUCCCUCUCCCUCUCCCUCUCCCUCUCCCUCUCCCUCUCCCUCUCCCUCUCCCUCUCCCUCUCCCUCUCCCUCUCCCUCUCCCUCUCCCUCUCCCUCUCCCUCUCCCUCUCCCCUGCCCCUGCCCCUGCCCCUGCCCCUGCCCCUGCCCCUGCCCCUGCCCCUGCCCCUGCCCCUGCCCCUGCCCCUAUCACUAUCAUCACCCCCACCACCAACCCCCACCAACCCCCACCACCACCACCACCACCAGGAAACAUCACCCUUAGCACGAUGUAAAGGCCACCAAAUGCGGGGCUAG